AUGUAUGGUGGCAUUUCGAAAAUCGUGACUCUCUUGGGGGCUCUGCUGCGUCUCGUGCAAAUGACCUUCUUCAUGGUGCCCAGUAACCAGGCGAGCGGAAAUGGUUUGAUUCUUGGUGUACGUCCUGAUCUGGCAACGCACAUGCUGGUACCGCAAGAGCUCCUCCAGCAGAACCAUCUGGGCAGUCGCAUCCUGCAACAUGCUCUACCGUCACCGCAAUCCGAUUUUAUCAGUGCUGGAAGCGGCUACCCACCACAAUCGACACCAUCCGCGUUACCACAGGUUUCGCCACCAACCGUUAAUAUGCGACAGGUGAAUAGCGGUGGUUAUCUGAUCCAGAGCAACGGCUAUCAGAUCGAUCCGUACAGCAAUGUGAUCAGUUCAGCAGCUAGUGAUGGUGGUUCAAGUACCCAGAAUGAAGGCCCAGGAAGUCGAAAACGCGUUCGAACCGAGCAACAACCGCAACAGCAGCAGCAACAACAACAACAACAACAACAGCAACAGCAACAGCAACAACAACAACCACAGCAUAAUUCGGGGACAACAAAUGUCUUUACACUUCCCAGCCAACUGACUGUAAUUCCAUCGCCAGUCACUGCGCUGGAGGAUUUCGAUGAUAAUUUCCAUCAGCAAGCAAUCAAAUUUGCUCGUUUCAAUGAAGAACACUGGGCCACACUCUACGACAUCAAUCAGAGACCGUUGCAUCAACUGGAAAUGCAUGUUGUUGCUGAUAAAGGAUUCAACUACAGCAUGAUGGACAAUUGCUUUGUGAAUCAGAAGAAAAAUCAUUUCCAGAUAUCAGUACAUAUUGAGGCUAUUGAUAACCAUCCACCAAAUUUCGUCAAAAUAGGCAAUGAGUUGAAAAUGGUCAAGGAAUUCAAGUUGGCAUUCUGUGGUGUCAAGAGUGAAAUGCCAACAUCCGAAAUACAGAUCAAGCAGUCGACAACCGAUCGACGUCCUGUACCGCAUGAUCCUGUUUCGCUUGAAAUCCAUGAACGGCGUAUGACAAAAGUGACAGUGCCAAGGCUACAUUUCUCGGAGACAACCAUGAACAAUCAGCGGAAGAAUGGUCGCCCAAAUCCUGACCAGAAAUACUUUUUGCUGGUUGUGCGAUUGAUUGCAUGUACUGCUGAUGGCCAUGAUGCAAUCGUGCAAGCCUAUCAAUCUGAGAAAGCUUCAAAUCCGGGUCAGUUCGAGCCGCCAGAUUCGGAUGCCACAUGGCAAAAGAGCGGUUCCACUCUGUACUAUAAUAGUGGUUCGGUGGCGAUUGGUACCGAUCGGGCAGUUGCGCCGUUGACCGUCGGAGGUGAUAUCUAUUGCUCCGGUGUUGUUCAUCGUCCAUCGGAUCGUCGGAUGAAAGAAGAAAUUCGUGAGGUGGACACCAAAAGUGCAUUGUCACAUCUCUCGCAAAUUCGUGUUGUUGGCUAUUCCUACAAACCCGAAAUUGCCUUACAAUGGGGAUUGUCCGAAGAAAAUCGACAUCGAGUUGGUGUCAUUGCGCAGGAGUUAGCGGAAAUUUUGCCCGAUGCGGUGACCGACAAUGGGGAUUUCUUACAGGUUGAUGAUUCUCGUAUUUUUUACGAAACAGUUGCGGCAGCAACAGAGCUGUGCCGUCUCACGGGCAAUUUGGAGCACAAGAUUGAGGCAGUUGAGAAGCUGUCUCACAAACUUGCCAGGUUACAUCGACGCAAAAAUAAGGGUGACAUUGGCAGUUUGGCUAGUGGUCUCAGUGAUCUCGGCUUCUCGGAUAAGGCCAGUUUCAUGUCAUCACGCACAUCGCUAGCUUCCAGUGCCCCAUCGUGUAUUUCGCGUGAUAAGUGCCAUCACAGGGAUGGAAAGGAACGAAGUAGGAGUCGUGAGAAACAUUGGCACUGUCGAAAUCCAUCAUGUCAUCGAGUGGAGCCACCACUUUGCAGCUCAAAAUUAACGCAAGGCACAAUUGUCGCUCUUGUCGCAGUUAUGGCUGUAUGUUUAAUAGCAAUGUCAACGCUCUAUGUGCUCGAUUGGCAUAAUCGGACAUUUGGCUACCAAAAGCGACCGUACGCACUGGAAAGUAGCACCACAGUUGGGCCAACAACGGAGCAAGCCAGUAAAAUAGGCCACAUUGUGAAAACCAGUGCCUGGGUACCGCCAAUACAACCAAAUGCGCCACCGCUGAGCGCUUCAUGUGAUCAUAUGCAUUGUCAUAUGUACUGCUGCGAGGGACGUGAUCAGUACAGCCUCUCGAGUGACCCAGUAAAUUCUGAAAAGCAAAAUUCCAAAAAUCGAGCGAGAUCGCCUGGAAAACGAGCAAUUUUCUCACCGUUAGCAUCGGGUGUAACCAUCGAAAUACUGGAUUUCAAUGUUACAAUAGAUGGUCGCUAUUGUACAGGUGAUAGCUGUAAGCCUCCACGUGGUCUCUACACUCUCUAUGUACCGAUUUCACCGUUCAUGCCAACUGUGCCGUUGGAAAUCAGAAUUGAGUAA